UCUCCUCUUUCCAUCAACUUCUUUAAUGUUUGCCGCAAUUCAGCUACAGUAAUCCAUUUGUUCUGUUUGACACAGUUCUGAAUGCCAGGUCAUGCAUAUUUUCCCCCAGAUUUUCCAGUUUUGCCGCACAGCUGUCUCAAACUUUGUCUUGCCAUUUGUAUUUACGCAGUUUCCCUCUUCUUCCUACUCAGAUUUGUCACUGUUAUGUUGUGUUUGCCCUCUAGAGGUGACCCUGGCGCUACUAGAUGCGGCCACUGAUAAAGACGCAGAGGUCCAGGAACAGGUCAGAAAGUCUAUGUUGACCCUGGGAAAACAGCAGCCAGACAGAGUGUUAGCCAUGUGCCAGGACUACCUCCUUAAACACCCAAAGUUGGUCGUGAGCCACAGAGUUGUGAUUCUUCAGACUAUUGAGCUGAUUGUGGGGUGCAGGAUAGAGGAGAUAAGUUACCCCAGAAUAAAGAGUAUCAUCACCUUGGCCUCAGAUGAGAUGACGCGAUCAAAGGAGGUCAUCCCUGAUUGGCAGCAGGCAGCCAGUAAUAUCUUGGUUGCUGUGGGUAACAAGCACAUCAAUGACAUCAUGGAGGAGAUACUAAGCAAGUUUCAGCCAGGGCUCCUUCCUCACUUCUUUGUGGUCCAGACACUAGCAAACCUUUCAGACUCCAACGUUUAUGGAAUGGUACCCUUUCUCAAUGCUAUUCUGGGCACCAUGUUGCCCAUGUUAAGCAUGGCCAAACAAGACAACAUGAAGUGGGUCUUCUCUUCUGCUCUGUGUCAUUUCAGCGACAGUAUCUUGGAGUACCUCGCCAACCUGGACAAAGCUCCAGACCCCACAGUCAGAAAAGACACGUUCUCUAGUGAAAUCUACACUGCUUUCGACAUCCUCUUUAAUAAUUGGUUACAAAGCAGGGAAUCUAAGUUGAGGCUAACAGUGGCUGAGGCAGUGGGCUCUAUGUGCCAUCUGAUGGCCAGCGAUAAACUGGAGGAGCAGAUUCCUAAACUCAUUCCUGCCAUCCUGUCCCUGUACAAGAAAAACAAUGAGCACUAUGUGAUUAGCAAGAGUCUGUGCCAAGUUCUUGAUGCUUCUGUCACCAUGGGCAGCAGGGUGCUGGAGACACAGCUGGACAAUCUACUUACUGCACUGCAUCAACAGGUGUCUGCACCUAUUGAUUACAGUAACCCUCCUACUGUCAAGAACCACAACGAGGUCCUGCGCUGCUUCAGCUUACUAGCGAACUCCUUUCCAGACCGGAUGGUCAUGUUUGUUCUUCAGAAGUUGGAGAACAGUAAUGAGCGAAGCAGGAUGGGCUCCCUGGCUGUCCUUCGGCACCUCAUCAACUCCAGCACUUCCACAAUGGACAGCAAGAAGCUGCUUAUUUUGGCCAGCAUCAGACAACCCAUGGCUGACCACAGCAACAAGGUCAAGAAGCGUGUUGUCCAGGUGAUCAGUGCGAUGGCUCAUCACGGCUACCUGGAGUUAGAUGGAGGGGAGUUACUGGUUCGAUUCAUCGUUCAACACUGUGCCUUACCUGACACAUAUCGGCGAGGCCAUAAGCCCAUAGAUCCAGAGGAGGUGACUAAUGAGGCACUGAGGACGAUGUGUGACAACACUCUUCAUCUCCUGACUACCACUGUUGGACGACUAGCUGAUGUGCUAUGGCCAAAGCUGCUGUACUAUCUGACCCCUUCACAAUACAGCAACGCUACCACUCCUCUGUGUAAGAGUCUGAUAGUGCUGGGCAACAAGAAGAAAAGUAGCCAGGAGCCCAGCUUCAACAUAGACUUUACACAGGAAGUGAAUCUUCCCUCUCCUCAAACGCUAAUGGUCAGACUGCUGGUGAAUGCAGCGUUCCCAUUCAGUAACAGAGGUCAUGGAGCUCCGUCCCUCUCUCUCCUUCAAACCCUCAGUGUCAACAUCCACCCCAAUACAGAGAUACUCUGGGAGAAAGAGAUACCUCCUCUGCUCUCAGUGUUAGAGGAGUCAACGGCAGAGAGCCUGGAUGAGAAGCACUGGGAGGAAAAGUUGCUAAAGCUCUUGUCCAAAACCCUGGCUACUAUUGAUGAUGACAAGUGGGUGAGUCACUUGGCAGUCGAAGCAACAAGAUACCUCUCCACGUAUAACAACGCCUUAGAGGAGAAGAGUUUCCUGUAUCGAUGUAUUGGAGUGACUCUUCAGCAGUGUUUCAAUAAGGAGGUGGUUAAAAAACAGCUGCAGGAAAUCCUCCUUGCAGCACGACACAAUGAUGCCGUUGAAAGAGAGGGAAUUGCAAUGGGUGUUGGCCUGUGUGCCAACAGCCACUUGGAGGGAACUCUGGCCAAGCUGGAAGAGUUCGGCAAGUCAGACGCCUUCAAGAAGUCACCAAGCAUCUUCAAUCUUCUCAAAGAACGUAAUGAUGUUGAGGUAGAGAAGGUGAAAAGCACAUUAAUCUUGUGUUAUGGUCAUGUGGCUCUGAACGCACCUCCAGAAAAGAUUCUGACCCGCAUUGAUCAAGACAUCCUGCGCUGCAUCAGUAAACACUUCAAUACCAAGGUUCUGGGGAUUAAAGUAGAGACAAAGGACCUGACUAUGAAACUCAGUUUGGUCCAGAGUGUUGGGCUCAUAGCCAAAGCCAUCAGUGAGUGUGUGAAGAAACAAGGCUACAUCUUCUCACGUAAACAGGAGCUCAUUACUGUUAUGCUGGAUUUUAUCAAGGCAGAGCCAGCUGAUUCUUUGAGGACUCCAGUACGCCAUCUUGUGAUGACCACCUGUGCCAACCUAAUGCCUCUGGACCCUGCGCUGAGUGAAAACGAGAGCUUUGACCUGCUGAAGGUGUGUGUGAACAGUGUGUUCUCCCUGCCAACUGAGACACACACUCCAGAGAAAACCAAAGAAGAGGACAUACUGGACCCCAAACAGAGAAAGGCAUUGUACAAAGACACGCUGACUGCACUGCAGGAGCUGCUGAAAAGUGUACUGGCCAAGGAUCCCACACCUGAUGGUCUGCAGAGUGUCUUCAAGCACAUUGAAUCAUGGUUGAGCUCUGCACAGGACCACGAGAGAGAGAGAGCUGUCACAGCUACUGCUCACAUACUGGCUUACUACCUGGAUAACCUGACUGUCAAGAACAUGGUGUCUUUCCACAACCUUGGAGCUCUGCUGGGUCGACUGUCUCCACGAUGCUCUGACCCUCACCCUGCUGUACGCACUGCUGCUGUGGACUGUAUAUACUCACUGCUUUACAUACAGCUACGCUAUGAAGGUUUCUCUCUGGAUUACAAGGAUGAAGCUGUGGACGGUCUGUUACCCCUAAAAGACAAACUAGAAAACCCUGACCAUUCAGUUCUAUAUAAGGCCUGCUCUGACCUCACCAAGGUGAUGAGUAAGCGUCUGCCUCAGCAGCAGCUGACGACGCUGGUGUUCAUGUUGUUUGAAGGGCUGGUUGACAGUCAGGCAAACUGCUGCAGAGCCUCAUCUGUCAUCCUUAAUACUCUGCUGAAGAACAGAGGAGGGGGACUUCAAGAGCUGGUCCCAGAGAUGCUGGAGGUGCUACACGUGCGUUUGCAGAGCAUCACAGAGGAGCAGGUGAGAGUGGCAGUGGGACAGACUGUACUAAUCCUGGCUUCUCAGCAUCUACAGACUGUUAUCAAUACACUGAUUAACCAACCACUUCCUUAUGACAGCUGGACCAGCGAGAUGUGGAUGGCCUUGGGAGCAGACCCCAUUGUAGCCAAUCAGAUCAUUGAGAUGGUGAUGGAGAAGCUUCUCAUCAUGGCGCCCUACGUAGACCAGAGGGAGUCAGUCAUCAGAGGAGGGACAACAAAGGUGGCCACCAAUCAGCCACUGGCUAUGACAUGUGGUCUCAAAGAACUGCUAUUAAAUGGCCAGAGUCAGGAGCCGGCAGUCAGUCAGUUCCCUCAGCUCUUCUCCUGUCUCACCGUCAGACUCGGAUCAAGUGUUGGGGUCUCAGCACCGAAGGACAACAACACUAAACACACCGCCUCCCUCCAUGUAGCAGGGGUAGCAGCUGAUGCCCUGCGAAUCUUGUUAGCGCGGGCUCAGUUAGAUGAGGUGAUGAAAAGGCUGGAUGAGGAUAAGGCCUGGGACGCAAUGAAGGAACAGAAUACACACAUUACUGGAGUUACGCUACUGGCAAGGGCAAUGGCUAAGCAUGCUGGUCCAAGGUUGCCCACCAUUGUGGAGUGUCUGUGUCCCUCCUUGAACAACAUCUAUGAAUGCCAGAGAAUCACAGUCACUGCUUUCUUCUCUGAGCUCUUAAACCAUCAUGUGGUGACGGAGUUGAUGUUGAUAGAUGUGUUAAUGAACAACAUGAUGGAGAGGAUAUCAGAUCCCUGUUGUAAUGUCCGCAUGUUGGCUGUGCGGGGGCUCGGCAAUAUAGCCGUGGGAUCACCUGAAAAAGUGAACAAAUAUGCCAAAGAGCUGCUGGCAGCCAUGAGUUCAGGCAUGGAGGAGAAAGACGAUCCAGGUAAGCUGAUUACCCUCGAGGCCAUGUCUGGUCUCUCUAAAGUUCUCCUCUAUCUGGACAAAAAGAACGUCCACUUACUAGUGGUCUAUAUCUUCAUGAAGAUUAAACCGUUCUUGGAAAGUGAGAAUGAUGAGAUCCGCUGUGCUUCCAUCCAUCUAAUGGGGAAUCUGUCCAAGUUUGGCUCAGGAGAGCCAGUGUUCAAAGACCAGAUCCACAAUGUUCUGGUCAGCCUGCUGUUACACCUGGUUGACCCAAACCCAGAGGUGGUCAAGGCAUGCAAGUAUUCAAUGCGAGUGUGUGCUCCGGUGGUGGGAUCGGAGCAGAUCACAGCCAUGUUUCAGAACCACCUCCACGAAGACAAGAGCUUGCACUACGGAGAGUUCAUCAAUGACCUUACCAAGUACCUGAUUCAGGACUUUCCAGGCAUGCUGAACUUUUAUCACAUCUCAGUCAUCCAGUUCUUCAAGAGCAACUGGCCUGAGGUCAGAGCAGGAGCUGCCAUGUUUAUAGGGUUUCUGCUCGGGAAUCUUCCAGAGGAGCAUUUCUCCCACCUCAACAUGGGCACCAUCACUAAAGGUUUAGUGAUGCUGCUCCAAGAUCCAGAUCCUGUGGUGAGAGUGAAGGCUGCUGAGGCCAUGGGACAUUUCCACUGACACACAACACGCACACACACACACACACACACACACACACACACACACGCACACACACACACAUACACAAAGACAACGACCUACAUACAAAUCUCAGUGUUUCCUUUAGUCACAAGUGGUAGGUUGCCGCUACAUAGAAGACAAGAAAAGUAAUAUUUAUGAUUUGGAUUGCAGUUUACAGAAACAUUUAGAGCCUGGCAUUUAAAUGUGCAGUCAUUAUAAGUGUUCAAGUAAUGCAAAUGCACCCUUCAUUAAAACCAAAACAGGGACCAAAGCAGGAAGAGCCAGAAGCCAAACUUUAAGAUUUACCAAUGUCACGAAACCAUACAAAAUCAACACUGAUAGUACUUAUCCAUACGCACAAAUGCACAUAUAUUUAGCCGUUAGCAGCUUCGUUUGACGCUUAACUAUGGUACUUGAAAGGAGGUGAUAAUUCUUAACUUUAUUUUAGUGACCAAAGACUGUGUUGCUCUUUACAGAGACGUCGUCUGCAGUGUUUAGCAUUCUGUCAGAGUGACAGUACCAGAGAUAUACUGUGUUCUAUCAAUGAAAUACACCAUGUACCGAGACGUUUCUAAUGCAAAUGAUAAAACACAUUUGAACUUAAGUAAAAAGUUUUUUAAAAUUGAUAUAGUUUCUUCAAAUGUUAUGUGAAAAGAACAGUAAUGUGCAUUUAAAGUACAUGAGGACAGUUCCACAUGACUGGUAGCUGAAGUGUGUGUGUGUGUGUGUGUGUGUGUGUGUGUGUGUGUGUGUGUGAAGUUGUACCAGCAUUUCAUGAUAGUGUUGUGGAUGUUAGUUUUAGUUUGAGACAAUCUCUUUUAGAGAUAGUUCCAAUGAAGCGGGCUUGGUAUUAGUGUCAAAAACACACUCCCUCUGAUUAACAUGUUUGGAUUUUUUUUACAAUCUGAGCUUUAUCCCCACCAAAUACACGACACCGUCAGUAAGUUAAUGUGAUAUGAUAUAUAAACUGCUAAAAAUGCUGGACAGCUGAGUUAGUUUUGUGUGAAGGAUGUACCUGAAAGAAAACAGGAUGGUUACGGUCUCAUCACGUCAAUUAAGUCAAGUAGUCCCGGUCAUCUAGCCAGCAAUAACCAGUCAGUAACUACUUUUACUUUUAACUUUAUAACCAAUCUCUAUCAGCAGGACUCGUGCAUACUAACAGUCCUGCUUUUGGAGUGGUGCAGUAGCUAACAUGAACUGGCUCGUUUAGAACAGAGUAAAGAUGGUUUAGCCACGAUUUUGAACCACAUGGAUGUAUUGGUGCCAGGCUCACUUCGCUAUUUACAAAUCAUUGCCACCGCUACAACUUAAUGGCCGCACUUGCUGGCAUGACAAGAAUUCCUUUGGUCCACCUGAGACGGCUGCUUUGACUGCUCUUUCUUUAUUCUGCACACAUUUUAUGAUUUAUUUUCACAUUACCGGUCACAAGAGCGUUCAGCCACGUUCUGUAUGAGCACUAAUUACCACAAGAACGGUGCCAGGCAUUCUGUGGCAGCCAUGAUAAACGCAUCUGCCAACGGAUGUGGUGAUUCUUAUCGUCUUAGUCAGUUGCAUCGCCAUUUAACAUAUAUCUGUGAGAGGUGAAUAUUACGUUGUUAGCCAGGUUAAACCUACAGUCCGAAGUCUGAACCAGCCAGUUCCUGUCAAUCAAACUAUUACUUAACCAAUGUUGUUAGGCAGAACAGACCAGUGUAGCCAGUUAGUGCCAAAUGUUCACUGAUAAAAUAUAUUAUAACAUAUAAUAGCACCAUAGAGAUGCUGUAAAUGAUUUUCUCUUUGAAUGCACUUAAUGUUGUUUCUAUGUCAUUAUUCCAUCAAAUGUUUGUACAGUUUUAGGCUACAGCUAUUGGUUUGCAGGUCUCUUACUAUCGUGUAAAUAUACGUGUGAGUGCUGUAUUGUGUAAGGAUGUCUUUAUGUUACUGAAACAUUUAUGUCUCCAAAUUAAUUCACUCAAAUGCCAACAAGAAGGAGUGCGAAAAUAAUCCAUUAUAUGUCUUUAUUUUAAUCCAUUUGGUGACAGAAAGCAUCACAUAGAGAGUCAGGUGAAAGCAAUAUUGUUUGUUGUAGAAUACAUGAUUAUAUGUUUGUCUACCUUAAAUAUUUCUGUUGCACUUUCAUGCUCUGUCAUGUAAUCCCUAAUUUUUAAGAACUGAAUUGCAAAUGAGGAGCUGAACCUGUUUAUACUUUUAUCUUAAUUUUAAUUUUCUUCACAACAGAUGAGACUUUUUUUUGCCCUUAGGUAAUUGACAAAAGCUGGUUUCAGCUUAGUUUUUAAUUAUGUAACAGGAAAGAAAAUGUUUUCCCUAAUGUGUAGAAAAAAGCCAACAUUCAUACUGUAAAAUUAUCAGUCAAUUAUAUUGUAUUAGACCUUCAACAAACGGGCUCGUGGCUUCCAGCACUUUCUAACACUAUGGCUUGGUUUAGGGUGAAUGGUAAAUAUAAAUAAUGUUCUGAGUUUUAAAAGCUGUUUGAACUUUAUACCAUUGAUAUAAUUUUUUCAUGUCAUCUAUCUGUUUUUUAACAUGUUGAAUGCUGUUAAUGUCCCAGUGUGUGUGACACGUGGCUCCAUGUGUGAAUGUGUGCAUGUCAUUUUUCAUGUUACUGGAUCAGAGGAGAGAGUGGAUGACGGCAAUCAGUGUAUUUAAAAUGAAGAAAUAAACAUCCAUCAAAAAUAUAA